AAAACAAACCCACAAACAAAAGUGAAAAAAAUCAAGAAAUCAAGAGAGAAUUACAGAAGAUGGAGUCUAAAACCCUAAUAAUGGCGGUUCUAGGGUUUGUGUUGAUAAUGACGAACACAGCCUCUGCCGGGUUCGGCGACUGUUACAGUAAUUGUGUCGAAACCUGCGCGCCACCAGGAGACCCCGCCUACGCAAAAUGCCCGUUCACGUGUUUGUCAAAGUGUUGGUCCGAUCCUAACGCCAAGAACCCGAAAUCUAUACGUCACAUCAGCAAAGUCCCUUUGGAUCCGUCUGGGAUUUGUACCCUUAGAUGUGCCCUAAACUCGUGCGCUGAUUCUUUGAACGAUGCUUCCAAAAUGCAUGUCUGCCUGCAAAAAUGCUCGGAAGGUGUCUGCAAGUCCUAAGGAGGCAGAAUCUACAACUAUAUAUAUAUAUGGAGCCAUUAUUUACAAAGAGAAAUGCUUUCAUUUCCUUUGUUGGAAUUAAUGGUUUAUAAUUGUAUCGCAUAGUCUAUGCAUAAUAAAUAUUUUAAAAUUUAUUUUUAACAAAGAGAGUAUCUUUAGCAAAAAAGAUCGACGCAUGUAUCCAACUGCAGAUACUUAUGCAUGUGUAACAUAUAAUGACACAACAGAACUGUAUAACAAUAAGAGGUUUGGUCUGAUUUC